GCAUGAAGCUGAGACGAACAUUAACGCGGAAUAAAGCGGCGAAAAGUGUUGGUUUUUAGCGGAGCAACAGAGAAACGUCAACUCAAAAACAACAAGUUGUGCGUUUUGAGUCGAGAUCGGAUCGUAAGCUGAGAGACACGAGAUCAGGCAUCUGGUGGAUGGAGAGAAAAUGGAGCUGAACAGAAGAGAGGUGCCUCUAUAUGGACAGGUGGAAGCCCAUAUGAGGUUACAAGCAGGCGUUCCUGAAGAUGCAGAGUUUUAUGUCGUUGUACAAGGCUCUAAACUCACACACGUGACUGCAGCAAAAAGAGGAGAUGAUGGGCUGACCCUCUGUUUCACAGUUCCAGGCCAUGACCUUGUGGAAGUUGUCUCUGUCGCAGCGUACUGUUACGCAGAGGACCAGGUCAGGCCAUGCAAGGGUGAAGCAUCUCUUGAAUACCUCAGGGACGUUGCCCAGGAGGCAGCAGAAUACCUGAGUGCAAACAGGGACCAGCUCGCUCCGCAGAGCUACCUCCAAGUCCUGAAGAGGUUUUCCACAUGGGCACAGGCAGCUGACGAGGAGCUCCCCGCUGCAGCGCUGGACUGCACUGAGAAGGAUUUGCAGCUCAGACAGAGUUUGGGUGAUGGAGCUGGUCUCAGGCAGCUGGAUGAGAAGAUCACGCAGGCUAUGGCCAACAUGGAUUACCCUCAGCAGUGGAAAAACACGGACGGCCAGCCAAGAGAAGCUGCUGAGCUUCAGCCCAAAGAAACCCUCCUUCACCUCGCAGUGCGUUUAAGUUUGGUCCAUCUCUCCCGCUUCUUAAUCCACCAGCCGAGAGGUCAAAGGGCAUUGACCUCACCCAAUCAGGAGGGAGACACACCCCUCCAGUUGGCUCAGAAGGAUGGACAGCAUGCUAUGUUCAGGGUGCUGGCAGCCCCUCCAGGUCCUGGCCCCGUUCCAGGUGUGUGGUGUGUGUGGUCCGACAGCUCCUGCAUGUUGAGGUUUUGUCCCAGGACGGACUCCCUGACCCUGACUGUGCGGCAGACAGCCGGAAACUGCCCUCAGGACAGCAUCAUGGUCCUCCGAGACAGACUGGGAGACCAGAGCAUUGUCAAACUGAUCAAUGUGCUGAAAGCUGACAGUGAGGCAGACAAGAGAGGCAAAGAGGAAUCCCUUCCUAAUGAUGAAGGUGUUAGCAAGGAGGAGAACAGGCUGGUAGACAAUGUAUUUGAAGAACAGCUUGUUCUUUCUUUGGAUGACGAGGACGAUGAAGAAGAGUACACAUCUUCAUUAUCUGUAAACGGGCAUCCCAUGCAGUCUGGUGGAGGAGGACCUGCUGUAGAUCCUCUGCUCUCCAUGAUCAACACCAGCAAUGAGACACAUCAUACUCAGGAAGAAGAUGCCGACAUUAAGUAUAGCGUCAGUGGAGUGACGAGGGACAGCACAGGGACGGACAGCGGCUUAUGGGACACGGUGGACUCAGAGGAUCUGCUGCCAGCCACUGACACUCCUCCACCCUGUUCAGAAGAUUUCUCCCCUCUCUCUCUACCCUGCUCUCCAUCUCUCUCACCUGCCGACCAGGCCCUCGCCAGGCUGAACCGUCCCACUUCCUCUGAGGCGACCAGUCAGAGAGAAAGCCCGCCCAUGGACAACUGCGACCUCAGUCCCAGUCUUGUGGCUCUGGAGGUGGACAGUGAAGAGGACAGCACAGAGCCAAAGUCUCCGCUCUCCCCGUUCUCUUCAGAUGUUGAGAAAAUUGAAGAGAAAAGGGAAAGCUUUCGUCCCUCCCCUGACCUCACGUGCACUCGCAGCCAGUCUGCCUCAGCAUGUGAACCCACCACAAAGGAACUGGGUGAUAUAGGGAUUCGACUGCGUUCGUAUUCCUACUCUUCCCCCAAAAUCAGCCUGCGUCCUGCUCGUUUUACCCGGGACAACCACUCUUCAGAUAUCAGCCCCGAUGCCGUGCUCCACAGUGUCAGCCACAGCCGAUCUCUCCUUCAGGCCCUCUCUCUGUCUAAAUCUCUGUCUCUCCUCCACCCUGGUAAGCAGAGAGCUUCCAGUAUAUCAGAGCAGUCACAUGAAACAAGGGAGAUUAGUUUCCGUAAGCGAGCCCAGUCUGCUGAUGAUGACGAGGGCAGCAUGGAGAUGGCAGAGUCGCUCCAACACCUCACCCUGUCUGAGUUCCUCAAAGAGAUUGAAGAGGAGGAGUUGGACAAGUACAACAUCCCGACAAAGGUGGAGUCAGAGAAGUACAAAGUCAUUCGCACCUUCAGUUUCCUCAAGAGCAGGAUGUCCAGUACACGCAACAAGACCAAGGGUAAGGGGAAGGACAGAGAGGCCAAGGAUCGGCAGCUGAAUGGACAUCGGUUUAACACAGGGUCCUGUUUGGGCCCCACUGUGUGUGUGGUGUGUGAUAAGCCAGCUUCUGGAAAGGACAUGCUGCACUGUUCCGGUUGCACUGCAAUCGUCCAUAAGGGCUGCAAGGAAUCUGUCCCCCCGUGUUUAAAGAAACUUCAGGAUAAGUAUGCUGUUACCAUGGUGAAGAACAGGACAGCAUCCCUCCCACAGAAUUUCACAGUGAGAGACAGUCCUCCUCAGUGUGUUGUCCCUGUCUCUACCUCUCUGCCUGCCAUGAAAGACACUGCGACCCAGCCGUGCCUGCUCUCUGGGACUUUCCCCAACAGUGACAGUCGGCUCAAUGAGAGUCCAGAGAUGGAGUCUGAUGCCUGGAAGGUGACGAGCCGAUCAGAAGAGCUCCUGCAGACUCCAGUGUCCUCCACCUCCACUGACUCAUCGUUUGGAGAAGACUGCGUGGAUGCGUGUCUCCACAGUGACAUCUCUGCUGAUGCUGUGGAUUACGAGGCUGAGUCGUGGAGUCUUACUGUGGAGCACAAGUUCUGCAAGAAGCAGGACAAGCGAGCUGUCAAGAGGCAGGAUGUUAUCUAUGAGCUGAUGCAGACCGAGCUCCACCAUCUCCAGACGCUCCACAUCAUGGCCGAGGUUUUCCGGCGAGGCAUGAAGGAGGAAGUGCAGCUUGAUGCAGACGCGGUGGAGCGGGUUUUCCCCUGUCUGGACCAGCUGCUUCUCUUCCACCACGCCUUCUUUGCCGCCAUGAAGGAGCGGCGACACAGCUCCGCCCAGCCCCAGGGACACAGGAACUACCUCAUCCAGCAGAUAGGAGACGUCUUGCUCCAACAGUUUUCAGAUGAGAAUAGCGAGAAAAUGAAGCAGGUGUAUGGAGAGUUCUGCAGUCGCCACAAUGAAGCGGUCAGCUUUUUCAAAGAGCUCCAGCAGCAUAACAAGAGAUUUCAGAACUUCAUUAAGCAACAAGGUAAUAAUUAUUUGGUGAGACGGAGAGAAAUCCCAGAGUGCAUCUUGCUGGUAACCCAAAGGAUUACAAAGUACCCUGUGUUGCUGGAGAGGAUUCUGCAGUAUACUCAAGAGGAAACAGAGGAGCACGCCGACCUCUCGAAAGCCCUGGCUCAGAUUCGAGAGGUGAUAGCAGCCGUGGACCUGAGCGUGAGCGAAUACGAGCGGCAUCAAAGGUUACAGGAAGUGUGGAACCGCAUGGAGAACCGCAGCGCUGCCAAGCUGAAGAACGGCCACACCUUCCGCAAGCAGGACAUGAUGGGGCCGGGACAGACGCUCAAACACCAGGGCCUGCUCCUGUGGAAAACUGCAACCGGCCGACUUAAAGAUAUCCUGGCGCUCCUUCUCACAGAUACGCUCAUCUUCCUGCAAGAAAAAGACCAGAAGUAUACAUUUGCCACAGUGGAUCAGAAGCCUCCAGUCAUCGCCCUGCAAAAGUUAAUAGUGCGAGAAGUGGCGAACGAAGAGCGAGGGAUGUUUUUGAUCAGCGCUUCAGCCGCCGGGCCAGAAAUGUACGAGGUCCACACGUCAUCCAAAGAGGAACGAAACACCUGGAUGAGGCUCAUUAGAGAGGCUGUAGAGAGCUGUCCGGAGGAAGAAGAAGAAUACACGAGUGAAUCUGAAGAGGAGAAGCGAGCAGCCGAGGCUCGUAUUCAGAAGAUCCAUAAAUUACAAGAGAGCCUGAUGAGCCAGGACCAGCGGAUCUGCUCCAGCCUGGAGGAGAAGCUGCAUGUCUACGCGGCGCUCUCUGCUCUGAGUGGGAGGACGGACGCCUCGCUGGUGGAGCCGCGACUGCUCGUCCAGCCGCACUCGGAGGAGCCGCCACAGGCCGCCGUGCUGCUGGCUGCAGCUCUGCAAGAGGCUGAGAACCUGAAAGCAACGCUGUCAUCCAAGGCCUCUUCUCCAUCGAGUCACAGCCCGGACUCAGACACAGACUCAGUGUUUCCUGUCAGCCCUGCUACACCUGUACAGCCCCCCUCAGACUCUGAGAGCUCACCUGAAAACCCCGAGGCGAGUGAGGAGAGCUGGACUGAGUCUCUGUUGCAAAAACCCGACACAAAUGACAUAGACGUCAAGAUCGCUCAAAGUGUCCAAAGCCUGACCCAGUUACUCUACAGUCUGCAGGCCGCAGUGACCAUCCAGGACAGCUGCUAUGAGGUCCAAAAGCUCCUCCUCCAAGAGAGUGGACGCCCUUCCCCUCGCGCUCAGCGGCCGCACCUUCCGAGCAUCCGGGGUAAUACGCUGCAAGAACAGGAGAAGCAGCGAAACCUGGAGAAGCGGAAAGAGGAGGUGGUGGCAGCUCAGCGGCUCCAGGACCGACUGCGCCAAGAGAAGGAGCGCUGGGAGAGGGAGUGCCAGGCCAGGGAGAGCCAGCAGGGGGAGCUGGAGAGCAGGCUGGAGGAGAGGGAGCGGCAGUGCCACCUGGAGACGGAGAGGCUGAGACACGAGAGGGAAGAGCUGGACGACCAGCUGGAGGAGUACCAGCAGAGCCUGGAGCGGCUAAGGGAGGGCCAGAGGAAUGUGGAGAGGGAGCGUGAGCGUCUGGAGAACCAGCAGAAGCUGCUCCAGACCUGGAGACACAGCCGGCAGAGGAGUCUGCCCACUGUGAUUCCUCACAUGGUCAUUCCUCUAGAUGGGCAGCAGGACUCUACAUCAGGUCAGUCCAGAGACCUCGACGGUAACGGCUCCGUGUUUGUGAAUGAGGCAGCGUUCGCCAGCACCAGCGUCAACAACCGUUGCCACAAAAGAAAUGACCCCAGCGCGCACAACUGUCUCAACACCCUGCUGGCGAGAUCCAACAGCAGACAGCCCCCCAUAGCAAAGACUCCCCACAGUCCACACUCAGACUCCCAGGGAUGGAUGAUGGGGACAGGAUACCUGUACAGCCCUGCAGGAAGGCUGGGGCUGCAGCACUCAGCCAGCGAUCUUAACAGUCACAGCUACAUUGGGGAGACCUGGCCGUCAACAGCAAGUGGAGCUGACCCAUAUCCAGUUCUCCCGCAUCCCAGUGACCCUCAGCUGGACCUCAGUGCACUCGUUUCUUUAGAGACUGACAGCGGCGGGGAGGAGGGCAGUGAAGAAACCAUUGUGUACCUCUGAAUGUUGAUACAUUUCAGACUCUGAAAGGCCAACUAAGCACAUGGAAAAAAACAUAAAGACAUUCAUGAAGCAUCAGGAUUGCAUCCAGGGUCGCCUCAGAAAGCAUUUCUCUUUUAAAUAUUCUUAUGUCAUGUUUUUUUUAACUUGAUUCUUAUAAGUGUAAAGUUACUGGAAACACAAAGAGAGAAGCAGAGAUAAAGAAGGUCGUUUCAGACUUACAUGUGUCAUGCACCUUAGCUCGAGGCACCACUGGGUGUUCAAUAGCUCUUUAUUUUCUGUUUUUGUGUGUGUGUGGUCUUUUUUGACUCGUUCCCUGCAGCUCCCCUUUCCCCCCUAUCUGCUUCUUAUUGUCCCUCCCUCGCCGCCUUCUUUUCUAGGUCCCACAUAUCUCAUCCCUCAAGCAAUAUAUUUAUAACAUUUACCAAGUAAAAGCGUAUAUCCAAUAUAAGAAAAACAUCAAGCUGUAUCUCUCUAGUGGGUGAUUGUCUUGCCGUGGAGUAAACUGCCCCUCUUUCAUUUAUCAGACAUGCUAUGUUUAUGUACAAGCCAAGCAUAACGUGCAGCACAUAACAUUAAGAUUGAAAGAUGAGGUGCGACACUGUCAGUCCCACGCUUAUCCGAGCGGCUGCCUGUCGCCAUCAUUUAUUUCUUUUUAUCUUAAGCACAUUUUUCUUGUAAAGAGAAAUAAGCACAGAUGUGGGUUUUAAGAGAGAUGCCGCAGCUGUGCUAAUAUGUCAGUUUUAUCAGAGUGUAGACAUUCAGCCGCAAAAGCCUGAGAAAGCAUGUUUUGAGAAUAAGUGUUCCAGUGAAAAGUGAGAGGAAGGUUGCGGUGCAGGAAAGAAGGAGAGAAGAAGAACAUGUGGGCUCAAACCAAAUGUCUGACUUUUUGUUUUUGUUUACUUCUGGCAAUCAGCAACCCAGCUGCCAGAAUACAAUGUUGUUAUUGUACAUUUCUGCAAACCACAGAUACGUUGAAUCUCAACAUUUCUAACCCGCUGCAACCCAUUCUCAUUCCUCACAUGCCAUGCAAAUUCUGGGGCAGCAGCCUUCUAAGGACACGGGCUGCAAAGGUGCGGCCCGUUUAGAACAAUAUGUGACCUAAUUCAUGCUGUCAAUGCUAAACUUUUCACUUGAAUAUUUGUGUCGUAUCUUUGCAUAUUAUCCCUCAUGGGCAUUUUUAUGUGCAAAGACCUCCCUGUGCCAAUGCUUUAGGUGUCCCUUGAUGUUUUUUAAAAAACACUAUAAAAGAUUAAAUGGUUUAAUUAUUUCUGUUUCUGAAUGGGACAAUAAGGCAGUGGCAGUAUUUUGAUGUAAUCUUAGUACCAUGUAUAUAUCAUUUGUUUGUGCUUUUAUUUAUUUAUUACAGUACAAAGGAGUUGAACGCUUAAGGAAGGGUUGUAAAUAGAAGUGUACCUGUGUGAACAGGUGUUUUUCAUUUUGUUCGUUCGUGUUGUGUGUUCAGACAUUGAUGUCUUGAUAAAAUGACUUUUAUUGAA